GCCAACCCCAGACAAGCUACCCUGUUCCUAUUUUCUUCUUGUGCACAUCCAUCUACCCUUCUCGCUUCGUCGCUGAUUGCAUCAGCUUUCUUCUCCGUCUGCGUCCCUGUCUCCUCCCGAGAUGGAUCCAAACCCUAAAUCCUUCCCCAUCCUCUCCUACGUCAUGUCCCGCCUCCCUUCCAUCGUCGGCCGCCGAUCCCAGAUCACCCUCGAGCCCGACAUCGAGCAGCCCCCUGUCGACGACUCCCGCCGCCACAGCGAUGCGGUGGAGCUCGUCGACCGCAUGCCCCACCUCAACAACCCCGAGCUCCUCGCCGCCAUGGCCGCCGCCGUCUCCGACGUCGCCAAGACCCGCUCCGUCCUCCAGACCCUCGGAGAGCGCCCCGACCACGAGGCCGUCGACGACGCCCGCGCCCGGAUCGCCGAGAUCGAGGCCAUCCUCGCGCGGGAGCUCGAGGAGAUCGUCCGUGCGCCGCGGCCGGACGAGGUGGACCGGCUCCAGUGGCGCGCGGAGCAGGCGGAGAGGGAGAAAGAGUGCCGGGCCCGCGCCGAGCGGGAGCGGCGCGCGUACAAGGCUGUGAUCCAGCUCGACGAGAUGCAUGAUGCCUACGAGAAUUUGCUCAAGGAGGCCGAGGAGCGGCUGGUGAAGAUUUACCGAUUGGCGGAGGCCGGUGGCGACGGUGGCGGUGAGGGCAGCAGGGAUCCCGCUGGGCAGGAGGACGUGCCGGUGAACGAGGAGGUGAUCAGGAUCUUGCAAGAAGCGUCGGAGAAGUGCCUGGAGAGGGUGGACCUGUCGGCCCGCCAGCUGAGGUACCUUCCAGAGGCAUUCGGUAAGCUGCGUGGAUUGGUCUCUCUUAACCUCUCCAGCAACCAGUUAGAGAUCAUUCCAGAUGCCAUAGCAGGGCUCGAUUGUCUAGAGGAACUCCGUCUUUCUUCCAACGUUCUGGUCUCAUUGCCUGAUUGCAUUGGACUGCUGUCUAAUCUUAAGAUUUUAGAUGUAUCAGGUAACAAGCUCAAGGCAUUGCCAGAUAGCAUUUCGAGGUGCAGAUCCUUGGUUGAGCUGGACGCAAGCUACAAUGAACUCACUUAUCUGCCAACUAACAUUGGCUAUGAGCUAGUUAAUCUGGAAAAGCUUUGGAUCCACCUGAAUAAGAUCCGCUCUCUUCCCACAUCUGUUUGUGAGAUGAAAUCGUUGCACCUUCUGGAUGCCCACUUUAAUGAACUUCGGGGACUGCCUUAUGCUAUAGGGAAAUUGACAAAUCUUGAAACUCUAAACCUGAGCAGCAACUUCAGCGAUCUGCAAGAGCUGCCUCCCACAUUUGGUGAUCUGAUCAACCUCAGGGAACUUGAUCUCAGCAACAAUCAGAUCCAUGCACUGCCAGAUUCAUUUUUUCGUCUAGAUAAACUGACUAAGCUUAACUUGGACCAGAACCCAGUGGUUAUUCCUCCAGUGGACAUUGUGAACAAAGGGGUGGAAGCAGUCAAGGAAUACAUGGCAAAAAGAUGGGCCGACAUUUUAUUAGAGGAAGAGAAGAAGAAGAAGUCUCAAGAAAAUGCACCUCAAGCUGGUUGGCUGACACGGAGCACUUCAUGGUUGAGUAGUGUGGUUUCUGGAGUUUCUGGAAGUGUUGCAGAUUAUCUGGGUACUAAAGAGAAAAACAGAGAUCCACUUCUUGAUCAGCAGUUGUGAUUUCAUUUUCAUGCAGCUUUGGUAUUGUUAUUUUCAUUAGCAUGUACAGUUUUUUUAUCACUCUUGCAAUACUGGGAAUUAGCUACCCGUUUCAGAAACUGCGGCAGUCUGCUUUUAGGAAUACUCUGUAUGUUCUUUGAAGAUAAGCGCAACCAAUACUUUGUAUGGAAUCCAUGUACUGUGUUUUCUGGAAUCUGCUACCUAUUUCUUCCCAUUGGGACAUGAUCAUUGUUGUCUCUUUUUCA